AUGAAUGGCCCGGCUGACAGCCAAUGGGGCCACAGCAGGUCCGACUCAAGGUCAAAGGUGAUUGUAAUAGCAAUGGAGUGCUUCAACAACCUACUCCUGAAACUACGGGAGGUCCAUGAGCGAGAAGUGGAGGGUUGGCAGAUGAAAAUGCAAGAGCUAUCCAACAAAAAAGGCUGUGACACAAAGCGAAUGGAGGAACUGUUCACCAAAAACCAGCAGAUGAAAGAACAGCAGAGAUUACUCACAGAAAACAUCAAGACACUGGAAAACAGGCUGAGGGCGGGGCUGUGCGACAGAUGUACAGUAACUCAGGAGGUAGCCAAGAGAAGACAACAGGAAUUUGAGGCCUCACAAAUACAGAGCCUCCAGCACAUCUCUCUACUGGCAGGAGAGAUGAACAACCUGAAAAAGGAAAACAAGAGACUAAGAGAUGAGAUCAGGAAUAUAAGAGCAACACUCAACAGAGGUCACAGUGAACACCCCUUCAAAAGAAACACCACCACAGACGUCAAACCAAACAGCACCACUGACCUUUCCCAUUCUUCUGGACCUGUGGCCCUGGUCACUGCAGCAACCAACAGGGCCAGCCACCAGCCAGCAGAUGGCACUGUUGAAGUAAAAUCUGAGGGAGACCAAAGAGCUGAAGAAGUGAACCAUAACAGACAUGUGCUCCACCCUACUGUCCCCUGCCGUCCUCAACCUAUCAUGAGCAGCCCUGUCACUCUCCCCUGGCCCUUAUCUGAAUCUCCCGACUGGGCUGCAGGAACCAGCAUGGCAGUGCCACCAAACCUGCCACACUUUCCCAACCUGGUCCCAACUAGCCAACAUGCCAGUCCUGGAAGGCAGGUUUUUGGGUCUUCCUGGCACAAGCAGAGCACCCACCAGCCUCCUGCCAGAGAGCCAACUGUGUUAUUCAGGUUGAGGAGUCUGUCAGAGCACGUGGAGAGUCAAACUAAGUCCCAGGAGAAAAAAGAACUCCCACCAUCCAAGGAGAAGAGUGUUUCUGGGGACGUGUUUAGAGAGACUUGCGAGGUGCCUCUGGACCUAUCGGAACGAGGAAAGUCCAAACCCAGCCAAACACCAAGAGAUGAUUCGCCCAUAGCCUUACAAGGUGACGAGAGAGCACAGAAGAGCCCUGACAAGGAUGUGAAGACAAAUCCACCUGCACACGGACCAGUAUCAUCACCUACUCCUGUCGUCUCUCCCUCAUCCUCCUCUACGCAACAAGUAGAAGAGCCUACCAGUGACCACAACCACAAGCAGGUAAAAGAGGUCAAAGAGCAGGAGCAGAAAGAGGAGGUGAAUGGAAAGACAGACCAAAACAACAGGAAGAAGGUGCCUGUCCUCACUAUAUCAUUACGUCCAGUAGUAGUGCUGGAGACUCUGAAUUCUGCUCUGAAGAUGCAUGAAUCCUUACCAUCAAAUGGCAAGUCAUCGUCACCAGCAGCUCAGCCAGAAAGCAACUCUGACGAGCAGGACAAGGAUGUGAGUGUGUCGGGACAAGAAAGCGUCCAGGGCUGCAAGAGGAAGAGGGCAUCUGUGGAGACAGAAACUGACAGAGACUCGGACAUAAACAACAUCCAGCAGGAGAGGAAGAUCAAGAUCACAGUGAUAUCUGAGAAGAAGAGCCCGAGCUAAAGAGCAUGAUAAAACAUCGACUUGGUAAUCUCAAUUAAACCUGCAUCAAGUGAUUGCAGUAAAACAAGCUGUAAAUGCAACAUUUACACCAUCACCUCGUGUGUUGUUUACUAAUCCCAAUUUUCAAUUCUACCAAAUUCAAAUUCUACCCAGUGUAAGAACCACUUGAGCUGAA